AAAGCGUGGAAAACUCUCCGUCUUGAGUGCAUUUAAUCGAAUGUAAGAAUUGGCGUGGGAAAGAAUACCUGGGGAAAAGCCGUGUGUAGUUUUUGUCCAAUCUGAUCGCUAUAGGGUCAGAUACUUCACAUCCGCCAUUAUUACUAGUGGAAAAAACGCAUUCCUCGGCUUCGCUCGGGCUAUAUAGCGGCGUGUGGUGCAUGUUCGGCUCGUUUCCGAAGGUUCCGCGUCGCGCUGUGGCCGGUUGGGUUGCUACGGAGGCCGCUAGAUUGUGAUAAAAAUGAAUCCUUUUAGCGGCUAAGAUCAAGCCCAUGCCGUUUCCUCCAUGAUUGUCUCUUGGGCUGUUGAUUGAUCGGAUUCAGACGUUCUGUGUUUUUGUUGCUCUUCGAGGACACCUAGCGGUUGACAGCGGUACUGCUUAGAAUGGACGGGACAAAAGUCUGAUGAGAUCACACUGACAAUCUGUUUUUUUGUAACCCUUUUGCGACCUUCGGGACAUUUGUUUUCUUUUUCAUUUUUGUUUUUUCGAUCAUUUUGGCUGUUAAUGUCAACAGCAUACAUUUAGUCAAAGGAAGCAUUCCCUCUCCAUCUUCCAUGGCAACAGUACAGUCAUACAAGCCAAUUCUAAAUGACUUUGGACCCCCAUCAUUGGGAUUCUCACAGGGGCCAAUUGGGAACCAAGUACCCCAGAGUAAAUAUGCUGAACUUCUCGCCAUCAUUGAAGAACUUGGGAAAGAAAUAAGACCUACGUAUGCAGGGAGUAAAAGUGCAAUGGAACGUCUUAAAAGAGGUAUCAUUCAUGCCAGAGGGCUUGUUCGGGAGUGUUUGGCAGAGACAGAGCGAAACGCGAGAUCCUAGCCCCUUCAAUCCUGUUCCUCUCCGUAUGGCAAAACAGAACUGUCUCCCUUAAACCAUUUCACACGGGAAUCAUGCAUGCCGCUCCGUUGAGGGGACAAUCAGAAAAGGCAGCAUUUAUGUUACAAGUUGCUAUUUCGUAUGUAUUUUGGAGGGAAUAAGGCAAGAUUCAGAGGAUGCAUCUUCUGAUUUACAAAUGCGAGAGAUCUGGAACUGUUGCCAUUUGAGUUUUUUUAAAUAUAUUUUUAUUAUCUUGCUUUCUUUAUUUUACCACAUAGUAUCUUUAAAUAAGCAAAAACUGCAUGCAACUGUAUUAAAGGUCCCAAAUUAGAAACUUGCAUGGCUUUUUACUGGUUAAGACUAGGUAUGUGCUUUUACAAAUAGUUCUCAGGAUGAGGUAUAAGGUAUUUUCUCCUUGUACGCACUGAUGAAUAGGACAAUUUUCUUUUAAAUUGGGGAGAUACUGAAAAUUAUCGUAGUGAUGCCAUUUUUCGUCUUUAUUUGUAUUUAUUACCUUGUGUAAUAAAAUGUAUUUUCAUGUAAAGACAAAAAGGUCACUCUUUGGAAUUUUGUAUAUCUGUCAAUAAAUAUGACAUCAUUGUGU